UCUUCUGACAAUGCCUUCACAGAAAUGCUUGUGGUUUCUUUAUUUCACUUCCUAUUUGUGGGCAAAUGUGUUCCUCUCCCUCCUUCAAGAUUGCUUCGCAUGUAAAGCUGAAGAACGGCUCUUUCAGAAACUCUUCUCCCGUUACAACCACUACAUCAGACCUGUGGAAAACGUGUCCGAUCCCGUUACAGUGUAUUUUGAAGUGGCGAUUACGCAGCUUGCAAAUGUGGAUGAAGUCAAUCAGAUUAUGGAAACCAAUCUCUGGCUGCGACAUAUUUGGAAUGACUAUAAACUGCGAUGGAAUCCAUUGGAAUAUGAUGGGAUUGAGUUUAUCCGGGUGCCAGCAGAUAAAAUUUGGAAACCUGAUAUUGUGCUAUAUAAUAAUGCUGUUGGAGACUUCCAGGUUGAAGGGCGGACCAAAGCUCUUCUCAAGUAUGAUGGCACCAUCACAUGGACACCCCCUGCCAUCUUUAAAAGCUCCUGCCCGAUGGAUAUUACCUUCUUCCCCUUCGAUCACCAGAACUGCUCCCUAAAAUUCGGAUCAUGGACUUAUGACAAAGCUAAAAUUGACCUUCUCAUUAUUGGUUCCAAAGUGGACAUGAACGACCUUUGGGAGAACAACGAAUGGGAAAUAGUCGAUGCUUCUGGCUACAAGCAUGACAUCAAGUACAACUGCUGUGAGGAGAUCUAUACUGAUAUAACCUACUCCUUUUAUAUCCGAAGGCUGCCCAUGUUCUACACCAUUAAUCUGAUUAUCCCCUGCCUGUUCAUUUCAUUCCUGACUGUCUUGGUUUUUUACCUCCCAUCUGACUGUGGAGAGAAAGUCACCCUGUGCAUCUCUGUCCUACUUUCUUUGACUGUGUUCCUGUUGGUCAUCACAGAGACAAUCCCUUCAACCUCUCUCGUAAUCCCCCUGGUUGGAGAAUACCUGCUGUUCACCAUGAUCUUUGUGACCCUCUCUAUCGUCGUCACUGUGUUUGUGCUGAACAUCCACUACAGGACUCCGCGGACACACAAUAUGCCCAAAUGGGUCAAGACCGUUUUCCUCCGUCUCCUGCCCAAGGUUCUGAUGAUGAAGAGGCCCAUGCAUAAACAUGUUGAAACCCAGACUAAAACAACAACCCCAAAAGAGGACGCCGCAAAAUCCAGCACGAAAAAGGCCGGUGACUCCAGUGAGGUGAAAGUCCCCAAUGAGCACAAGUGUUGCCACUGUGACAAGCCCAGUGAACCAGCCGCGGGUAAGAAGAGGAGGUCCAGUCACCAGACUGCCAAAUGGGUGGCUGAGCAAAUAGAAUGCUCCCCUGAUGUCAAAGAGGUCAUUAACAGCGUCCAGUUCAUUGCAGAAAACAUGAGGAGUCAGAAUGAGACCAAAGAGGUGGAAGACGACUGGAAAUAUGUCGCCAUGGUGAUUGACAGAGUGUUCUUGUGGGUGUUCAUAAUUCUCUGUGUAUUUGGGACGGCAGGAUUAUUCCUACAGCCAUUGAUUGCAGACACAUAACACACUGACCACCCAAGUUUUGCUUUUAUUUGUUUACUUCAAGCUCCUCACAUAUUUUCCAUGUUACAUUCAAGACACUCGGCUGCUUCAUGGUAUAGAAUGUCAGCUUUUCACCUCGGGCCAA